CCGCCAUGUUCGCCUCGCCGCACCCUGCGCUGCACCUGCCGCAGUGUGCGCUGCCCGCGCUGCUGCUGGCGCCCGCCGCACCGGACGCCUCGCUCGCACCCGGCACCGACGCCGCGCGCCUCGAGGCGCCGCUCUUCUUCCCGCCGCCGGCGGCCUCCGACGCGGCCACGCGGCCACAGGCGCAUCCGCUGAGCGUGCGCCAGCUGGCACGCGAUGCAUAUGCCGUUGCCGCCGCGCUGCUCGACGAGCAGGCGAUGCGCGACGCCGGCGGGCCGCUGCGCCGCGGCGACGUCGUGGCGCUCUUCUCGGGCAACCAGCACGACUAUCUGCUCGUCGUGCUCGCCAUCCAGCUGGCCGGCGGCGUGCCCGCGCUGUGCAAUCCGGCGUACACGGCGCGCGAGCUGGCGCACCAGCUGCGCAUGGUGCAGGCGCGUGCCGUGUUCGCCUCGUCGAUCGCGCCGCCGGGCAAGAGCUCGCCGCUCGACGUCGCACGCAACGCCACAGCACUGGCGCGCGACGCCGGCCAGGACGGCGCCGGCUUCGAGGCGCUGGCGCACGACGUGGCGCUGUGGGCGUGGGAGGAGGAGCGGCCCGACAGCUGGCUCGCCUCGCUGCUGCCGCGCGGCCGCGAGCUGGGCGAGGCGGGCAAGGCGGCGGUGCAGCAGCGCGCCGCCGAGGUGCAGCCGCAGGACACGGCCGUGCUGUGCUUCAGCUCUGGCACGUCCGGCACGCCAAAGGCCGUGUGCCUGCCGCACUCGGCGCUCGUGGCCAACACCAUCCAGGCGUCGUUCCUGCUGCACGACCGCAUGAACAAGCCGCUGCUCGACGGGCGCAAGGAGCAUCCCGAGGGCAAGGGCUGGUACGACACGGCGGGGCAGGGCACGAGCAAGGGCUCGCUGCUCGGGCGCGUCAAGCGCCGCCUCUCGCUCGGCGCCGAGGGCCUCGAGUCGAAGAACCGCGGGCGGCCCGAGUUCCACCAGGACGUGCUGCCGCAGUUCCACUGCUACGGCCUGCUCGUCACGUUUGUUGCGCUGCACACGGCCACGCCGCGCGUCGUGCUGCCGCGCUUCGACCUGCGCACCUUUCUCUCCGUCGUGCAGGAGCGCAAGGUGACGUUUGCCUUCAUCGUGCCGCCGAUCCUGCUCGCGCUCGCCAAGUCGCCGCUCAUCGACGAGUACGACAUCUCAAGUCUCUGGCGCGUCGCCAGCGGCGCCGCGUCGCUCGCCGACGAGCUGGCGCAGAAGGUGUAUCGGCGGCUCGGCAUCCGCGCCACGGACGGAUACGGCAUGACCGAGAUGAGCCCCAUCAUCUGCAUGCAGACGCUCGCCGACAUCAAGGUCGCCCCAGGCAGCGUCGGCGUGCUGGCGCCAAACACCAGGGCCAAGGUCAUCGGCCCGGAAGGCCAGGAGCUGUCGUACGAGCAAGAAGGCGAGCUGCUGCUGCAGGGCCCGCAGAUGAUGUCGGGCUACCUGCACAACGCCGCCGCCAACGCCGAGGCCUUCUUUCCCUCGCCCGAGGCGACGCCCGAGGCGCGCUGGCUGCGCACGGGCGACAUUGUGCGCAUCAGCAGGGCCGGCUACGUCACCAUCACCGACCGGCAGAAGGACGUCAUCAAGGCCAAGGGCUUCCAGGUGUCGCCCGCGGAGCUGGAGGCGCUGCUCUUCCGCGACGACUCGAUCGCAGACGUGGCCGUCGUGGGCGUGCGCGACCCCAAGGAUGACAGCGAGCUUGUGUGGGCGUUUGUCGUGCCCAAGAGCAAGCCGGCCGACGAGAAGGCCGCGGCCGAGCAGAUCAUGCAGCGCGUCAACUCCGACGUGGCCGGCUACAAGCGCAUCAAGGGCGUCACCUUCAUCGAGGAGGUGCCCAAGAGCGCCGCGGGCAAGGUGCUCAAGCGCGAGCUGCGCGAAAAGGCCAAGCCAUGAGAUCUCUCGCCGUGACGCUCCCGCAUACCCCCCUGUAUCCUUAUGCUCCGCUGCCCUAAUGUGCUACUGCCUGGAUUGCCCAUCUCACUCCUG